GCCCGGGCGGAGCGGCGACCGAGCGGUGUGCGCGCCGCACAGUGCAGCCUCGAACCCGCGCCGCCGCGGGCAGGGCCCCUGGUUCCGGGCUGGGAUUCAGCGGCGGCUGCCGGCGGACCACGAGGAGCCACCAUGGUGUGCGGGGGCUUCGCGUGCUCCAAGAACUGCCUCUGCGCCCUCAACCUGCUUUACACCUUGGUCAGCUUGCUGUUGAUCGGCAUCGCUGCCUGGGGCAUCGGCUUCGGACUGAUCUCCAGCCUGCGAGUGGUUGGCGUGGUCAUCGCCGUGGGCAUCUUCCUGUUCCUGAUUGCGCUGGUGGGCCUGAUCGGAGCUGUGAAACACCACCAGGUGUUGCUGUUUUUUUAUAUGAUUAUUCUCUUACUUGUAUUUAUUGUUCAGUUUUCUGUGUCUUGCGCAUGUUUGGCCCUGAACCAGGAGCAGCAGCGCCAGCUCCUGGAGGUUGGUUGGAACAACACAGCUAGUGCUCGCAAUGACAUCCAGAGGAACCUGAACUGCUGUGGGUUCCGAAGUUUCAACCCCAACGACACCUGUCUGGCGAGCUGUGUGAAGAGCAGCCAGCCCUGCCCUCCGUGUGCUCCUAUCAUCGGAAGAUACGCAGGGGAGGUCCUGAGGUUCGUGGGGGGCAUCGGCCUCUUCUUCAGCUUUACAGAGAUCCUGGGUGUUUGGCUGACGUACAGAUACCGGAACCAGAAGGAUCCUCGCGCGAACCCCAGUGCUUUCCUAUGAGGAGCAGAUGGGGGCCAUCUUCCUCAUUCCGAACCUGGGUCACUUUCUCUAACUUUAAUUGAAGCUCGUUUUCCCAUGCGAUGAAGGAUGCGGUGUCUUUGAAAUGACAUCGUUGACUGCAGAAUUCUAUAUUUUUACUAUUGCUUUUCUCUAAAUGUCUGUUUCUUUUUUUUUUUUUUCCCCUUCUGUUGCUAACAAAAAGAAAAGGAACCUAGUGCUGUCCUCUGACCCUCUGUGGUCACUGUAACCUGUAUGUGCCCAGUGUCCAGCCUUGUCCACUGCGGCCUUUCUGACUGUGCCGACCGCGUUGUUGAGUGCCCUGCGCAUCUCCCUGGAGUGAGCGUGUGUGGCACCGUGCCGUGUAGAUAAGGGGCAAGGGCUGCAGCCACAGAGUCGGACAUUCUCUCAUGCCCAGUCCAAUAAGGGAACGCCAUAUUCCCCACUCCCCAACUUUUGUGGUUUUUAAAUUUUUUUUUGGAAAGCUGUAUCGUGGUGAAAUGUGUGAAUACAAAUGGAUCCUUUAGUUGUAGUUGUCUUUUAUAGUUAUACCCACGUGUUCUAGACGUAGCUAGGUCUGUAGAGCAACCAGACUAGGUUUUGAUUUUGUUUUGACUUUUACCAAUCAAGGCAAAGGAAAAAUAGUCCCAUGAAAUGGUCUAAUUUGGAUUCCCUUCUGUCCUCAGCAAGGAAUGAGUUUGCAGAAUUCCGAAGGUAUAUCUAUAGAUAAUCUUGACAUUCUUUUGUAGUAAUUCAGAGUCCCCAAAAAACUGCAUUUUUAAAACAAGUUACUAUUAACAUGUUGGCCCAUGUCGCAGAACAAUCUUGGGUUAUCUUAAAAAUCGUCACAUACUUUUUCAUGGAAUUUCUCAGUAUCGUAACAGCUUGUCAAAUUGAGACAUCCCUGAAUGUGUUCUUCCAUAAUUUGAGACUGAAAUCGUGCUGUGGUAUAUUAUGUUAAAAUAUUAAAGGAUGGAAACUUU